UUCGUACACCUCUCGUUACGUCAUUUUAGCUUUCUUUCGUUCUCAGGUUUCUCUCUCUAAAAUUCGGAAAGCACGAAGGCCGAUCAGUCUUUGCUCUGCUUCGCUCUAUUUCGCUGCAAUUCCUUUUCCAAUUCUCAAUUGUUGUGUGCCAAUGCUGAGAAAAGUGACCUAAAAUUGGACGAACCACAGAAAUGGAAAACGGUAAUACCACAGAAAUGGAAAAUGGUAAAACACAGAACGGUGUGUGUUACUCGGAGUCGAUUAAUGGAGGUCCAAAUAUUUGGAGUUGUAACGAAGCCGAUGCUUCUUCAGCUGAUCAUCUAGUUGUUAUGAUCCAUGGAAUUCUUGGAAGUGCCACAGAUUGGAAAUUUGCAGCUGAGCAGUUUGUUAGGAUGCUCCCUGAUAAAGUGUUUGUUCACUGUAGUGAACGGAAUAUGUCGAAGUUGUCAUUAGAUGGUGUAGAUGUAAUGGGCGAGCGGUUGGCAGAAGAGGUUCUUGAAGUCAUUAAACAGAGGCCAAGUGUAAGAAAGAUUUCUUUUGUUGCACAUUCUGUAGGAGGACUAGCGGCAAGAUUUGCCAUUGGGAGAUUGUAUAGACCUCCUAAAAGGGAAAAUGCAGAGGAUUUACCAGUCAAGGCCUGUGAAAAGGAACCAAAGGGUACAAUAGGUGGUUUGGAACCAAUGAACUUCAUCACUGUUGCUACGCCUCAUCUUGGUUCGAGGGGUCAUAAGCAGGUACCAUUUCUUUUUGGUAUAACUGCCAUUGAAAAAUUUGCUGGUGUUAUUAUUCACUGGAUAUUUAGGCGAACGGGUCAACACCUUUUUCUUACUGAUGAUGAUGAAGGAAAGCCUCCAUUGCUCAAACGCAUGGUGGAGGAUUAUGAUGAAUGUUAUUUCAUGUCUGCAUUACGUUUAUUUAAUCGACGAGUGGCAUAUUCAAAUGUUGGCUAUGACCAUAUUGUUGGCUGGAGGACAUCAUCAAUCAGACGCAAUAGUGAACUGCCAAAGUGGGAGGAUUCUCUAAAUGAAAAAUAUCCGCAUGUCGUAUAUCAAGAACACUGCAAGGCUUCUGAUCCUGAGCAGUGUGAGUCCAUUUUAAUGGAAGAUCAUGGUUCAGACGCCCUAGAAGAGGAGCUGGUGACUGGCCUAUCUCGUGUUUCAUGGGAAAAAGUAGACGUGAGCUUUCACAGCAGCAGACUGAGGUUUUCUGCUCAUAGUGUUAUUCAGGUCAAAAAUCACUACAUGCAUUCAGAUGGGGCAGAUGUUAUACAGCAUAUGAUCGAUCAUUUCCUUCCUUAGAAGCGUAUCAGCUUUGGAAGGUUAUUUAGGUAAAAGAUGCAACAUGUCUGGCUCCUUGAUCCUCAUUUUGUUGGAACAAAGAGUUGUACAAGCGACUUGGAUGCAGGCUGAAGAGGCGUGGGUCGAGUCUCUCAAUGAUGGUUUUAAUUUUAUGUAACACUAAAAAUUAAAGAAGCAAGUAUAAGAAAUUUUGUUUUAUUCAUUUUAUGUCCUAAUGUACAUGGACAUACUGUAUCAAUAGAUGAGAACAGUGCUCUUUUAUUUAUUUAUUCAUUUUUUCCCCAUCUUA